ACUCACUCUGGGGAUGAAUUGUUGACAUUCUGCCUCUCUGGGUGGCUGGGGAUAAAUUUCUCCGCUACUCGACCGGUCCGUGGAUCACGUACGCCCUUAAAUAAUGCCGGCGUGUUUGGCGUAGUCUCUGGGCCGUGGUGACGCCGCUGAAAAAGAGGUGUUUGGAGUGAAGGGGAAAUUUUUCCAGGGACGUUGUUUUGAAGAGGAAGUGGGACCUUGGGAGGUUGGAUUAGAUUUGGAACAAUGUGAGGAUGGAUACGAGCGUAUACAACUGGACCACAGUGGCUGUGUGAAUAACUUCUACCUCCCGUUAUUCAAGAGCUAUCUUAUAUAUGAAGAGCUUGACAGCAUAUUUGUCAAGUCCUUUAAGGGAUCCGGCCGGCUGAGUGUGCUGCAAGGACCCGAGGACCAGGACCACCACCAUGAUGUCCAGCACUAGGAAGAGGGAUGGGGACAGCGAGGGAGACAGUGGGUUUGUCACACCAGACAGCACUACGAAGGAGAAAGUGCCACGCUUUAUAGAGGGCGAAGAUGUGCUGUCACAUGGGAAAGAUGGCCUCUUCUACUUGGGAAUUAUAGUCGUGGUUGAUUGUGAAAAUGAACGUUGUUUGGUACAGUUUGAGGACAGUACGGCACAUUGGUCCUUGUAUAAAGAUAUCACCAAGCUGAAGCUGCCAGAGUCAGAUGACCUGUGUGUUAUCUGCAAGUCUUCCAAGAGCUGGGACACGAAUGAGAUAGUAUUAUGUUACAUUUGUGAACAGGGUUACCAUCAGGAUUGCCUCCAGCCAAGAAUAGGGAAAGAGUACUGUGAGCCAGACAGCCAGUGGGAGUGUCCAAGGUGUGCUGGACAUUCGACCAUGGAGAAAGAAGAGCGUAAAAAAUCACGGGAGAGUUCUCCACGAAAACAGCGACCGCGUCCUCAGCACUCACAUGAACCCGAAGAAAAUAAUAAACUAGUCCUGCCUUAUGAUAUGAAUUCCUUAACGUGGGACCAAGGUCACAAAAGCAACAGAGAACAAACGUUCUGCUACUGCGGUGGACCUGGGGAGUGGUACAACCGCAUGCUCCAGUGUCAACGGUGUAAACAAUGGUUUCAUGAAGCCUGCGUAGAUUGUUUACACUACCCACUCUUAUAUGGUGAUAGAUUUUAUGUAUUUGUGUGCGCUUUGUGUAAUGAGGGCAAUGAGUUCCUUCAUAGACUAGAUACGAAAUGGGUGGACAUUGUACACUUAUCAAUAUUUAAUUUAACGCUACAAGAUUCAAAAACAUACUUUGAGUAUGAAGAAACGAUAACUCAGUGGAUUAAUGACAACUGGGAACUAUUACAAGCACCACUCGGGCUUCAAAACAUGGGAGUUAGUGAACGGAAGCAUGAAGUAUUGAGAGUGCUGGAAGGAAAUAGACCAAGAUUUAAAUGUGGACGUGAAAUAAAGAAGAAAACCAGCAUUUGGGGUCUACGGAUUCGUGUUCCUCCACCAGUACCAGCUAUUACCUUACCUUAUGUUGGCCCUAUUACAGAAGAGUCAAUAAAACACAUAACGCUACGGAACAAGAAGUCACGAAAUGCUGACAGGCUUUGGAAAGCUGACAAUCCGCCAAUUCCACGAAGCUAUAAACUUCGCGAUGACAAACAGGAAGAAGUGGAUGAAGCAUUGGGACACUUCAGUCCAGCAAAGAAGCGUGCUGUAUCUCCUGAAGUACUUGAGCAGGAACAGGAACAAGAGCAGGAGCCAGAAGAGGAGAGUCCUAAUAGCUCCUGCAAAAGAAAACGUAAACGUGAACUGGAUAUUUUAAUGGAUGAUAAAAAGGCCAAAAAAAUGAUUGAAGAAAUUAUACCAGUGAAUGAUCUUAACACCAGUGAUUCCCAAGCUCCUGUGAAGAGAAAAAGAGGGCGGCCGCCCAAAAAUCAACAGAGUAUCAAAACCGAUGACCUACGUGACCUUAAACAGAAACGUGCACAGAAGUUGCUGAAGGAAGCCUUAAAGCAGGGACAAGGCGUGCGACCUGUUAGCAAAACUGGUGCUGAUAGUUCAACCCCAAACUGCAUUACUCCAGGUGACACAAGUGGAGAUGAAACUUCCUCACAUGGUACCCUAGAUUCCUUCAUUCCUCCUCCUUCGAACUUUGAGGGACAAAACAAUCCCUUCCUCAACCUAGAUUCUCUCAGCUACGGUAUGCCAGUUAUAAGACCUCUUAAACGGAAACUAAGUGAAAAUGAUAUACGUAUUGGGAAGAAUGGUGAAGUUAAGAGAAGACGUUUCCGUAAGAAGUGUGACAAGGCUAAAAUCAUGUUCCUCCUUCAGAAUGGUUCGUUAAGCAUAAAUGGUGGAAAUGGAAUAAGAUUAAAUGGCACGAACAGUAUAAAAAACUGUGUUGACUAUGCACUCAGUGGUAGGUUAAAUACGGGCUCUAAAGAUGACUGUAGCGAUGUAGUGGAGGAUCCCAAAGUUGGAGAUUCGGGGUUCUCCUUUAGUGACCUUAAAUCGACUGUCAAUAACUAUUUUGGGGCUGCAAACCGGAUUGCAAAUGGUGAAAAGUUCCAUGUAAUAGCAAGGAGAGUCAGUUUUGAAGAUAAAGUCCAGUACCUCAUAGAAUGGGACAGUCCAAGUUCCUCAUAAGGUGAAUUCCAAAUGUUGCAUGUGGCCCAUGGUUCCACUACUAAGGGUUUUCUCUGGAAGUUAUUUCUGAGUGAACCAUUUUGGAAAUAGUCAAUUAUGAGACAAAAUGUUACAUAACGCACCAACUCCAUAACCACAUUCAGACUGUGUUCAUAACGCACUGCCAGAGUGAGUGAUGCGAGAGUGUGAGGUUUGUCAAGUGCAGCACACAGCCUCAACUUUAGUUUGUGAUAUGGUUGCUUCGGGAGGGAGAGCAGAAGUUAUAGCUAAAUUGUUCAAGAAUACAUGUACAGUAUUAGAAUUCUGUGAAAGCCACAAUAAAGACUAAAUGAUUAAUCAUGAAAUUGAGUAAGUUUUGAAUUUUUGUUUGUAUAUAAAGUGUUGGACCAGCCCAAAGCAACCACAUAAAAACAAGUUAUUUCACUAUUGUUUAGUCAUGUAAAUAAGUUAUGUAUUUUGUUUUAUGGUUUUAUUUAUCUGGUUAUGUGAAUGCCAGACUUCUUUUUUGUAUGACUGCUGUGUAAGAUUUUUAAGUGGGGGGGGGGGGGGCACCUGCCCAGUACCAAAUGAAAGUGAAAAUAUUUUCAUGGUAUAGAAAGUAAGUGCCCUUGUCUUGACUGAGGAUGUAUUUUGAGUGGCAGGUUAUUUCUUUUCUUUAAUUUUUUUUCACCUAUUUUGAACCUGCUUUGUUUUGGAUUGUUAUAAAGUGGCUAUCCUGUUUGUAGUGGUGCAUGAGAAACUGCAUUGUGUGUAGCCAUGUAGAUAAGUUUAUAACUUGUUUUGUUGCCAAAGAUUGCCGAGAGUUUGUCAAGGCGGGCAGUAGGGAAGGGUUAGGUUACUCAAGUCUUGCCUGCCUGAUAUACACACUGGUUUCAGUUAGGACUUUCCCUCAAACAUGUUAAGUUUCGACCAUUCUCUUGUGUAUUAUAUAAUAGUGCAUUGUAUACUUUAUGAUGCAGUCUUAAAUAUUUUUAUACCAUUUUACAUACAAUGUUAACCUGACCCAAAAGUCCCUACUGCUGGCCCUUCAACUAUCACUGCCACUAUUCCAUCGUGCUCAACUUGUAAGAUGUUUCAAGCGUUGCAGCAUGUAACAUUCCAGGAAUUAUAUGAGACAUAUUUCAGCAUUGUACCAUUUACUGCCAUUGACCAUAGUUGCUAGAGUACCUUAUUUCUGUCCUUUUUGUAUACCUAAUGAUGACAGUACAAAACGUUAUCAUGCAUGAAUCUUCCGUGACAUGUACACAUGAUAAAUAUAAAGGUUUGAUUAUUUUUCUUUUACCUUUUUUUAUGGUGGCAAUUAAGACAUAACUAAUGUUGAGUAAAUCAGUAGAUGAGAGUUUACAGUAUUUAACACGAUAAAUCAGGAAGCUAUCUUUUAUGUAUAUUUUUUUUAUUGCCAGGUACGUAAUUAACGUUUACAUGGUGCUUUACAAAUUGUCGUUGAUUAUAUUUAAAUGUUUAGGGAAGGCUUAAUAUUUUCUUUAUUUUUAAUUUAUGUACAGUCUGUGUGAUAGUUUGACAAUUGAACAAUAAUUGAAACAAAAUCUGUUACAAAAUGAAUCACUUCAUGUGAUACUCUUAAUAUUUAACUUAAAUGUAUAAAAUGUGAGAAUUAAGAAAUUUGUAAUUUUGUCAGUUUAUAUUUUUCAUUCCUUUUUUUUCAUUGUGUGGAAAGCACUUGCAUAUAUAUACAUAUAUAUGCUGUGUUUGUGGUUAUCUUCAGUUGACUGUUAAUAGCUGUGCUGCGUCUUUCAUCACGACCUGUCUGUUGACAAGACUCGGUGAAGUACUGUACAGGUGUACUGCCUUUUUGUUUGAUCCAGUCUAAUGCCUGUUUACCACUUUAUUAUUGUUAGCAUUAGAAUAAUUAUUAUUCUUUGUUUUUCUUUUAUCAUUAUUCAUUUUUAAUUUGUAUUAGGUAGAUCUAGUAUUAUGAAUACCUUAUUGUUUUUAUUAGUAUUUUUAAUAUUAUUGUCAACUUACUAAUAUAGUUUUUCAUUUACAAUGUACCGACCCCUUCUUUAUUUCAAGUUGCUCAUUACCUGCCAACAACACCCAGAAACACUGCCAUUUUUUGUCAUUGCCUCUUCCUAAACCCCAACUCCCGGAGACAGGGUUGCACCGAGCUAAACUAAGGACGUGUCAAAAGCCUUUGGGUAUAAUUUUGUAUUAUCCUAUGAAUUUAGGAAUUUUAUCAUAAGGAUAAAUGUAAGGUGGCACUUAUGCUCACUGUGUGAGUACACUGUCACAUGAAUGGUGUUAUCAAAUGCACAUGAUUUGUUAAUUACUGUAACAAGUGAAUAUGUGUAACUAUACCUUUGCUCUGACACAUUCUUAAGCUCGUCUGGUAGUCUAGUCAUACUGUUUUAACAAGUCAGCACAGGCAAUAGACAUGGAGUUACCCACCUAAGUUGUUAUUACUGCACUCUUGAGCCUUCCAUUAUUCAUGUAGUAUGUACUGUACUUACUAUUCAAGAAUGGAUUGUACUCGGAAUACUGUCUCGUAAUUAUUGUGCACUUCAGUAGAACCCAAGUAAUUACGUUCAUCAUGGGAUGCUUAAACAUGGUGUGUGCAUGUGUGUGUGUGUGUGUGUGUGUGUGUCAUUCCAUGGUAUGUAUGAAUUUUUGUUUCUCUGCCUGCAAGAGGAAAAAUGUUACAAACUGAUUUUUUCUCCUCUUGGUAAUUUUUUUUAAACAUAUCAUAUUUAUAUAUUGGUCUUGUCAUUGCCAACUAGGAACUUGUGUGAAGAAAAACAAACCAAGGGUUGUCAACAGGAAAAGUCUUGUGUUUUGUUUCUCCUCAUUUCACUGGCAGGCCUUGAUCCAUUCUCUAGGAAUUUUUGUGUAACUCUUACCUUUUCUCGCAGUUCUAAAGAUUUUUUCUGUUGACAGGUGUGUCACUGAUAUUGUUACAAACACGGUUUUAAUUAGUUUCUUAAAUCUACAAUAAAAGAGAAGUUAUUUAUAAACAUGUUCAAUUGGCAACAUUACUGAAUGUUUUUAAAUUUUGUUGCAUUAACUUUUACCACAAAUUUCAUCCAUUUGAACUCUUCAUAUUGUCUACCGUGCACACACGAGAAAAACUUGCCAACUAAGGUUGUUAAAUUUCUGAAGUUUUCUAAGCAUAGCUCCUGCCCUUAUAUUUUCCCUCCAAUGUACAGUAAAUGCAACAUAGUAAAUUUCAUCUGUAAAUUUCUUGUGGCACUAUCUAUCUGUGUGUUGCUGCUUCUACAAUUAUUUUAAUAUUGAACUUCAUGAAUUCAGUUUUCUGUCACUAUUUUGGAUGGCAACUGUAUCUAAGAAGGAUAUCAAUGAUCAAAUGUUUGUAUUUGUUUUUUUAAUUGAGAUGCAUUUUCAUGGUAAACAUCUUGUGUAAGCAUUCAUGAAUAUCAUUUAAACAUUAUCUAAUUCUAUUUUUAUUCAUAAUUAAAUUUGUUUUAUAUGAAUACGGUACAUUUAUUGACUUUAAAUACAUUGUGUAAGCUGUUGAUUUUAGUUGCAUUAAAUUGUUUCAAUGUAAUAAUGGGCUGUGUACAUUUACGCCAAGAAAGUGAUUUAUAUAUUUUUUAUAACAAAUAGUGGUUUACCUAUGUUUUUCACUGCAAAUAGUGGUUUAUGUACAUUUGUUAUUGAUCAAGACCAUGAUUUACUUCAGCUUUUCACAAAAUAAAACAAAAUGCGCAACAGUAGUAGAAAUAUGCAUGUGAGUGAGUAAUUUUGUUACCAUGAAUUUUCAUAGUGUUUGAUGUGAUGCAAUGGUGCUCCUGCGAGUUUCCAUGUAGCAAUGGUGCUCCUGCGAGUUUCCAUGUAGCAAUGGUGCUCCUGCGAGUUUCCAUGUAGCAAUGGUGCUCCUGCGAGUUUCCAUGUAGCAAUGGUGCUCCUGCGAGUUUCCAUGUAGCAAUGGUGCUCCUGCGAGUUUCCAUGUAGCAAUGGUGCUCCUGCGAGUUUCCAUGUACAGUUAAGAGGUGGAAGGUGAAGGAGCUGGUAAUUGAUGCAGGUUCUUUAAAGUGUUGGUAUUUUGAGCAAAAUUUAUACAUAUGUAAAAACAAAAGGCAUGUGCCAGCCAGUAUUUUAUUUAAACAAAAAUUAUUCAGAAAAAGUAAGAAAAGUAAGUUAUGUUGCCCCAACUUUUAUGCAUAAUGGAUGUUGGAGAAAGAUGUUAAAAAAAAAGCUGAUAAAUUUUCCCUUGGGCUUAACAAAAAUUAUUUAAAUAAAUUGGUUUAAUGAAAGGAAGACAGAGCUAUGUAAACUAUCUUCUCCCGCCUCUCGUGGUUUUUUACCAUGAUUGGUAACUGCAGAGCUUUCAUUAUGGAAAUUUGAUUUCCAGAUUUAAUGAAAGUUAAUUUCACUUACAAUGAGAAGGCAGUACACAAUUUUUUUUUCCUGUAGGGUUUGUCCUAAUAGUACAAAAUGCUUCCUUUAUGUACUGGGAACAUUUUAUCUUUUCAUUUUAGAUCUGUUACAAAUGUUGAUUCCAAAGUAAAGUAUUUUUCAAGUUUAGUAAAUUGUUGUUUUUAAAUUUUUAUGUCUUCUGGAAACAAAACAUUACAAUAUUGGGUUCUAUGUAGUCCAUUAUAAAUAAAAUUCUUGAUUUUC